ACAGUCGACUUCACUCUACAGUCUGUGGUGGGCCGCUGUGGAUCGCGCGCGCGCUUUUUUGUAUUUCGAACGAAAUUCCGAAAUCUUGUAUAUUUUUUUAAUUAUUUCAUAUUAUUUUAAUUUUGAAAUAAGUGGACAACAAUGGCGCGAGUGUGGUUUCUGGUGAUAGUGUCAAUUCAAAUCGUUUUCGCGAAACGAAAUUUAAAUGCGAAUUGCGAUAUGUGUAUCCAAAAAGGCGGUUAUUGGUGUAAAUUAUCAGGGACUCAACACUGCUGGCCUGAAUUCUCGGAUGCCUGUGCGAAAAACUUCGAGGAACUACCGUCAGCGAUGAUAAGAAGCAAUAAUGGGACCAAGUUACUGAGCAUUAACUACAUUGAACAAUCCGUGCGGCCGUCUUCGCAAUAUGAACUGACCAUAGAAUACAACGCGGCGACUGAAUCCCAGAUAAAAAUAGAAAUCGUAAACUCGACGCAGACUAGGAAUCUUAAAUUUUCUGACACAACGAAAUGCGAAAAUUCUGAAUGCACUGCAAAGAUUGCGGUCAGGCCAUUGGAAACGUUCUGCACGUCUUCCGGCAGUCCUUACGAAUACGUAUACGCGAACAUUUUCUUUGUGGACCUGAACGAAUCGACAUUGGUGAAGUAUUUGAUUUCGUGCGCGUGUCCUUGUUCCGCCCAACCCGAACCAAACUCGGAGACGUGCCACAAGAACGGACAAUUAAUUUGUGGUAUUUGCGAAUGCUACGACGGAUGGUCUGGAAGUUUCUGCAACGAAGCAGCUCAGACUCCAAUAACGCCUGUUGUACCUACAAUUGUUGAGAAGAAAUCACCGAAAUGUGAAUAUCACGGCCAUUGGCUGUCAAGCGGAAUUUGCGAUUGCUUUAAAGGAUGGACGGGAAAGAACUGCAACGUACUGAACUGCGGACGCAGACGUGGAGAUAUCGGCUGCAGUCGAACCAGUGAACUUGGGGAAUGCUCAGGCAACGGUGAGUGCGACGCUUGCGGCGACGCCUGCGUCUGCAAAACCGACAUCGAAGGGGCCCAGUACUUAGAAGCGGACAACAACUGCGUGGACCUGUGCAUGACUGUUGAACAGUGCAAGGAUUGUUUAUCUAGCAACGGGCCGAUGCAGUGUUCGAACUGCAACAUUGUGAAGGACGCGUACAACCGUACCGUCUCGGAAGAGCUAGACUCUUUAAACAGGAGAGUGUGGAUGCAUUGCAGCUACAUCAACGUCACGACUGAGUGCAAAGUCUUGUAUUUGGCGAUGAGAGAAAACGAAGUUGUGCAUAUAAUGAUUGAGGACUAUUGCGAGGUGUCAACGCCGGCCGGUCUGUUCGCGUCGCCGGUGACGUCGGUACUAUUUGGACUACUAGCCGUGAUAUGCGCGGCGUCGCUAGUCGCUGUGGCCGUGUGGAAGUACUUCAAUCGCAUCCCAGCACAGGACUUGAUAAAGCCAGGCUACAUGAGCGUGGAGGCGGCCACAAGCACCGUACAGAACCCGGCCUACGUGACGCCGAUCUCUUCGUUCAUCAACCCUACGUACCAAAAAUGCUGAUCUCGGUGCUGCCGGCUAUUGAAUCAUCGAGAUCCUGAUGGUCUGGUCCGUGUGAAGCGCACGUACGGACCACGCGUCCAUUCCACGACACUGCCUGUGAUCCACUCCGAUGU